AUGAUCCUGUCUCAGGAUCCCAGCUGCAUCCACCGGCUCCCAACUGAGAUUCUAAUCAUCAUAGUCAGAGAACUUUCAUUACUCGACUCUGUCGAGUCCCUCUCACUUGUCAACCAAAGGCUUCGCAUGAUUUGCAGCCCAUAUCUUUUCCAGAAGCUGAAAAUCCCAUUCUCCCUCGCUGGCCUAGAGCGCUUGCGUCACAUCUCCUCGUCACACCUAGCAGCACAUGUGAGGACUCUUCGCUACGAACCCACGGAGCUUAUUGAGCCACUCGUUCAGCAUCACGACUACUUCCGCAAUUGUGUCUAUACUCCUUCCGAGUACGCUCGUGAUCGAAGAGAUGCUUACUGGAACUCUUAUGGCACCCGUAUCUCCUACACGACGAUACAAAACUACUUUAGUCGCCUAGCGGACGAGCAACAACGAAUACUCGAAAGGGGAAGAGACUUAGUCACCUUUCAGACGUGUUUGCCACGUCUAGUCAACUUGAAAUCUAUCCAACUACAUUUCGUUGAAGGGAUAAAGGAGCCGUUCCGUUGGUUUGCUGGCCGUGUUUUUGUGGACUGGAAGGAUUCCUUUCCGGACCGUUUCAAGUCCAUCCUUCACGCAAUGAUCCGAGCUAAGGACAACGGCGUCGCAAUCCGUACCUUCCAAAUCUCAGGAUUCUAUUCAAGGUUGUUGGUAUCCAACUCUGAGCUUCCCAGUUUAGCUUCGGACGCUUUGAGCAGCGUUGAAGACCUGCAGCUUAUCGACAGCCCGAGCAUGCUGGAAUUCAUGUCCUACCUGGUGCUUCGAUAUCAACUCGUCUUUCCCUUCGCGUACUUUGCGGGCACCGCGGUCUGCAAUACCGUGGGUGUGCACUCCAUCUCCGAAGCAGGCGUGCGUGCCGCCCAAAUCUCGAUGAUAACUCUUCUGUUGCUCUGCUGGACCGGAGAUCACGAGAUUGGGGCUUUUAUUCUGGGCAUAGAGCUUGCAACGUAUCAUUUCAUCCACCGAAUCGCUGCUUUUGUGGCAGUCAUUGAAGCAGCCAUCCAUGUUGUCAUUGCAGCUCAACAGACCCAUUUCUCUGCUUCCGACUCUUCUCAAUUUUACGGUCUGCUUAGCAAACGCUGGGUGCUCCUUCUGGCAAUACUAUCUGCCGUGACUGGUGCACUACAGUUCAUCCGUAUCAUGUACCGCAACAUCCCACAUCGGAGAUCCGUGAAAUUCCUAACAGAGAAUUGUGGAGCUGAUGCGCUCCGGCUGAAUUUGUCUUUACCGCGCCCUUGGAGAAUUCGCGCUGGACAACGCGUCUAUGUCAGUAUACCAAGAGUAGGGUUACUAUACAUGUUCCAGCCGCAUCCAUUCACGAUUGCCUGGUGGGAGGACGACGGAAACGGCAGCAUGUUUUCAAUCACGUUAAUUGUUCGAGCUCGAUCCGGCUUUACUAAAAAGCUUCUUGAUCAUAUCGAAUCUGGCUGCGAAGGCUGGGCCUGGAUUGACGGACCCUAUGGACCCUCGUCUGCCUCCACCUUUGGCUAUUCUCCCGAGGUCGGAGAUUAUGGCCACAUAAUUAUGGUGGCGACAGGUAUGGGCAUCGUUGCUCAGCUUCCCUAUAUCAAGGAACUUUUAGAUGGGCAACGCCAAGGUCAGGUACGAACACGAAGAAUAUCACUCGUUUGGCGACUCGAGCAGGAGGGCGACUAUGAACUGGCUCGUGACCUGCUACAAGCUCUUGUUAAGCAUGAUGACAGUUAUAUGCUCAAAGUCACGGUUUAUAACAAGAUGGGAUCUCCAUCAGAGGCCCCAGGAGCAGUGGGUCAUCAUGAUCUUAUCGCUGUAUAUGGUGGGGACGUUAAUUGGGAAGAUGAACUGUCGGUUGAACUAGAAAAGCAAAUUGGUACUCUCCUCGUCACAGGUAUUGCUGCCCACGGCAUUUGA